AUGAUCCGAUCUCUCUUCCUCCUCGCCCUCACGCAGUUGGCUUCCGCUCUGCCCGCCGCAGAGCCCAGCUGCCCCGUCGUCUUCGAUGGCCGCGUCCCCGCCGACGCCGAGGUCGCCGACUUCGAUGCCAACAACGGCGGAGGCUGGAUGCCCUUCAACCCCGGCUACGUCAAGGGCGAGACCCUCGAGUGGAGCGAUAUCAUCAAGCUCCCCGAGGUCACUCUGUCCGACAAGUCCAUCUUCAUGACCCAGAACGGCUUCCGCCGCGCCGGUCUCCAGUUCCUCAAGGACAGCAACGAGGGCAGCCCCGCCACCACCGGCAAGAAGACCAUCCACUUCAGCCUGAGGACCGACCCUGCCAGGACCCUCAACCUUACCCACGAGUACAUCCUCGUGUGGCACGAGACUGCUGCCUACGACGCCAACCAGUUCAACUUCCAGACCGGCUCCAUUCUCGGCCAGUCUAGCCUCCCCGGUGACACCUACAAGCUCCUUGACAGGUCCAACAAGCAGCUCUGCACUCUUCAAAUGUGGUACUCUGAAGGCGAUGCCGAGCUUGCCAAGGCCACUGAGCCCCUCAACAACAACAACGCCGGCGAGGGUCAGUACCAGGUUGGCAUGCUCAAGAAGCCUACUGGAACCUCGGACGUCGUCAAUGCCGGAUACCAGGAGAGCGGCCUCGACGAGGGCCUCAUCUAUGGCGGCAUCUUCAUCGAGGACAGCGCGUCCGACUGCGUCUCGAAAUAA